AAUUUGAAAACGUGGCUGGCAGUUUAACAUGAAGCAGAGAUGAUGACGGGGGCUGCAAGCUGAGGCCGAGAACCAAACCGGAGGAAAAAUAACACUGCUCAUAGAGCCAAUUAACGCUAGCUCGGUUUUAUUUAGAGGUCAGUUGAUAUCAUCCUCACUUGGUGAAUAACGUUUAAACAGAAGGAGGAAAUGCAGUGCACUCCUGACUCAAACACCUACCUUGAGAGAUGCAAAGCCCAGCACUGUUAUGAUGACUGUGCUGACAGUGGAUACUCCGGUUUAUUCCACAGCCCACAGAGCAUCUCCAGAGUUGACUCCUGUCGGUCUUUGUCUCCAGUAGAAUUCAGUGAAACGCCUAAAGAGAACCUCCGGCUUUCUGUCACACCUAAGGAGAGGAUCAGAUUUUUGGGCAAAGAUUCCAGAGGAAUACAGCAGCCAUCAGCAGUCAGCUGGUGUGAAACUCCUAAAGUUUACAAAAGAGAUGCCUCAUUGCGACACAGACUUCUAAUGUGCAAGCCCACCACAGAUGUCAAAUCUGAUGGCCCAAGAUCACCAUGCACCAGAGGGACUGAAUCUUCCAUCGGUGUCAGGUCUGAACACUGGCUCAGUGCAUCGUUUGACACUCUAGACACUGUGAUGGGGGCCUUUGCACAAAGCACUUCAAAAUUAGAGCAGGAUCUGCCACUAUCUGGCAGGAAACGGCGCUUCCUCUUCAGGCAAGUGAGGACCUCCACUCUGGAAGAUGGUAAACUCAACUCAGAUUACCUUUCCAGUUUUGAGAGAAGGGUUUCACUAUCGGAUGCAGAUUUCAGUGAGAGCAUCUCUGCCUCUGAUAAAAUUAAUAUUAAGACUCCUUGCUUUAUCAAGUCCCUGCCUGUUUCAUCUAAGGAAAACUCUCAAUCACCUGUCAGCAGUGUGACAAAUAACCUAUAUGACAGGUCGAGUGUCUUGUGCACACCAUCAUCCAGACAUACACCUAAAUAUAUCAGGUCUGUGUGUGAGGACAGUGGUUUUAGUUCCUUGGCCCUUGAUAAAGACUCCUCGGUGGAUCAUGACGGCUCAUUCCAGGAGCUGCUUCACUCUGCCUCCAGAGGAAACUGUGAAACCCCAAAUCUGGCAGAUGCAAAGCGGCGUUCCCGUCUGCAGCGUCAGCACAGGCUUUCUACACUUAAAGAAGGGGGCUCUCAGUCUGAGGAAGACCCAACAGAGAGAAAGCACGAACAUCUUCAUCAGUGCCACAGCCAUUCUAAAGGAGAUGAGGUUUUUGCAGACAGUGCCACCCCUCGCAGUGUCCUUUCUGCCAAAUAUGGUAAUAGCAUAACCUCUGAUAGUUUGGGCUCGGCAAAUCAAGGUGAUGCCACUCCGCUAAGAGCAACCACAAUCAAGCCAGACAACAGAACACCUUUGUGCACAGCUCCUGCUAAUCCAGAUAUAACUCCUCUCAGGACGACCCCAGUCAAUCUCUCUCUGACUCCAGCUUUGCAGCUGGUUCAUGCUUUGUGCCAACAGAAAGCCCACAUGUUUGCUGACCAGAGUCCAAGCCUAAAGGAGCAACUGAAUUUCUCAGCAGCACUAGCUGAGACCCCGGUGACUUUCAGGACCACCAUGCCAUUGGCAGGGCUGAUCGGCAGGAAGAUGGGUCUGAGGAAGGUGGACAUACUCACAGAGCUGAAGAAGAGGAACAUCAGGCACAUUCUGUCUGUCAUCCUCAGCCACCUGACCUCAGAGAGCAUCUACAGAUGUGGUCAAGUGUGCAAGACGUGGAAUGAAAUCAUCCAACAAGACAAGUUAGCUAGUUUUAAGAGAAGAAGCCACCUGAGUGAAUUGAAGGCUGCUCUUGAGCUCGGUGGUACUGUCCAUGUCCCUGAUGCAGAGACCAGACUUGCUGUGCUUAGGAGGUCAGCGUUCAAGACUGUUCAGUCCAAGUCCCAGUCUAGGUCGUCCAGCUUCUGCACCCCGCAGUCAGGAAAUGGCACUUUAACCCCAUUACAGCACAGUGGCUUGCUUUCAAGCAGUAGCAGCAAACGGGAAAAGUUUCUCGAAGUUGCCAAAACCCUCUUCAAUGAUGAGUGGCUCAAGCCUUGCCCACGAUGUCAGCACCCCGCAAGGUGUCACUCCGUGAAAGGGGAGGGUGUGUGCAGCAGACCUGACUGUGGAUUCCAGUUUUGCACAGCUUGCUUGUGUGCUUUCCAUGGCUCUCGAGAGUGUGGGAGCCACUCUGUAGGUCGCCGCAAGAAGGACACACUUCUACCAGGAAGCGCUCAAAGCAAGCGAAACGUUAAAAGACUAUGAGCAGAAAGCGAAAUAUAUUCCUGAUGCAAUGCCAAGGUCACUUUAGCACGUUUUUCUGCCGAAUGGUAAAGACGAGGCUCGGCAGCAAGGAAACUGAUUUGUUGCUCAUACAUGAGAGCAACUUCUGUACUUAUCAAUGUGUCUUUGUGCCUGUCUUUAUACUGUAUUUUCACCCUUUAUUUGCAACACAGGUCUUACUUGUGUUUUUAAUUAUGAAUGUGAAUGAAUUCUCACCAACAGAACAAUGAUUGGAUGUGUAUUUUUCACAUUGAUCAUCUGUACAGAAUGUUUUUGAAAUACCUGAGAUUUUCAACUUUUACCAAUGUGUUUUCAGAGAAGUUUUUAAAUAAAUUAGAUUUUUUUUUACAUGUGUCUCCUCCUUUUGGACUGUAUUCAUUAUUUGUAAAAAUUGAUUUGUCAGUGUUUGUCGCCAUCUAGUGUUAUGACCUUACCUUGCCUUAACUGCAAUAACAAUGUCAUUCUCUACUUUUAUUUCUUCAUGUAUUUGAUCCUAGAUAGUAAUGUAUAUAAUGGGAAUACUUUAAAAUAAAGUGUUUUGGGGGUUUCAAACUGCAGGAAGAAACGCA